AAAACCAUCGAUACUAAUUGCAAUUGUCUAUCAAUUUUUCUUAUUUCGUUUUUGCCUUUUUAUCUUGGGACUUGGGACGUGAAAUAAACAAUUUCCAUUUUAUCAAUAAAACUAUGAAUUUAUUGCCCAAAUCACACGAGGAGUUCGCCCAGCCGGAAUACUGGAACUCUUUCUUCACGAAACGUGGCGAGAAGGCUUUCGAAUGGUAUGGCGAAUACUUGGAAUUGUGUGAGCAUAUACACAAAUAUGUAAAAAAUACAGACCAAAUACUAAUGCUUGGUUGUGGUAAUUCACAACUUAGCAUGGACAUGUACGACUCAGGUUUUAGAAAUAUCACCAACAUCGAUAUAUCAACGGUGGCUAUACGUAAAAUGCUGGAGCUGAAUGAACGAAAACGUGUGAACAUGAAAUUCUUGCAAAUGGACGCUACACAAAUGACCUUUGAGGAUGAGUGCUUUUCUGUGGCGUUGGAUAAAGGUACAUUAGACGCGCUCUUUGUCGAUGAUACAUCCGAAGUACAGGCCACAGUGGAGCGUUAUUUCAAUGAAAUUAAGCGCACGAUGCGUAAUGGUGGACGCUACUUGUGCAUAACACUGUUACAAGAACACAUAUUACGUUACAUUUUAAAUUACUUUCCGCGUAAUGGUUUUAUGUUGCGCAUAGUGCAUUGUGCAGACGCAGACCGCGCUAAUCAGGAAAAGAGUGGCGACAAUCCAGAAGUUAUGGCAAUGCCAGUUUUUCUUGUUGUUGCUACCAAAUUUAAGGCCUUACCAAUACCGAUCCUAGAAUUUAGCUUGGGUAAGGACAAAAUGCAACGUUUAUCAAACGCUGAAGAACUUACAAAUGCAGUUGCUGCUGUGCAAAAAGCGGCGCUAAUUUGUAAUGGACUCGCACGUACAAAUAUUGCUGGUCACAACGAGGUUGUGAUGGACUUAUGCCAACCGGGCGAAUCAAAUCCCCGCUACACAGUACAUGUACUAGACCAACCACCGGCAAGGGGGUUGGGUAAAUUUGCUGCCUUUAUAGUACCUCAGGGCAGAGAAAUCGAAUGGCUUUUUGCUACACCUCAGGGACGUAAAAAAUUACAAAAAUCAGCGAAAUUUCAACGCUUAGCUGUUGUAGCACUUCAUCGCGAUCAGGAAUAUAGCUCAUUGGAUAGUGUUAAAGGUGAAUUGGCGGACAGCAUUAAGUGCCUUGCUCCUUUGGGCCUAACGGAACAGAUACCUUUCCUUUCGCUGGGUGCCGAUGUUGGCAAGCGUGAAACCUUAGUAAGCGGGUUUUCGAAAAUAUCUGGCGAAUUCCGCAUUGAAGAAGUGGAGGGAAAUGAUGGCAAAGUAUUUCGGCGUUUGAUUUUCUUGAGUAAUCAAUUUGUAGUACAAUCGGAAGCGUUAGUGAAAACAAUAAAAUUGAAAGGGAAAAAGGAACGCAAGAAAAUUGACUUUGGUUACUUGGCCUGCCAACAUCAUUUAUAUAUGUCCGCAGGUGUGCAGUUGGUCACAGGCUUGAAAAACAACGCCAAUGAGUUUAGAGAUGUCGUAGUGGUGGGUUUGGGCGGUGGUGGACUUUGCAGUUUUUUACAUGCGGCAGUACCCAAUGUACGCCUUACUGCCGUGGAAAUAGAUCCCAUUAUGCUGGAAGUUGCUGAGCAAUAUUUCGAGUUAAAACAAGAUAAUCGCUUUCAUGUCGUUAUCGAUGAUGGUUUAUCCUUUUUAGAAGUUUGCAAAAAUGAAGAAAUCAAAUUCAACGCAGUGUUAUUUGACGUUGACAACAAGGAUCUUUCACUCGGCUUGAGUUGUCCACCAAAAAGUUUUCUGGAACCCGCUGUACUUGACAACAUUAAGUGUAUUAUUGGCGAAAAGGGCAUUUUCAUAUUGAACUUAGUGUGUCGUGAUGACGCGCUACGGGACGAAGCCUUACAGCAAGUGCGUGCCGCCUUUAAAGCCGUCUGCUGUUACAAACUUGAUGAGGACAUUAAUGAAGUUAUUUAUUGUUCGAAUAACGAAAAGUACAAAAGCAUAGCAGAGUGGAAGAGGGAAUUAGGAGCGGCUGCGCGACGUUUGAACAGUACGGCGAAAGAACAAAAACUUAACAGCGAAGAUAUGUUGGAAGUUACAGAAUUCUUAAAUGAUUUAAAGAUUUAAAUUAAUUUAAUAAAGCUAAAUGUACUUUUCAAUUUGCAA